CGAAACAUAAAAAACCGCCAUCUGCAGCCGUGACAUAAGUUCAUGUGAUCUUAUCACUUCUAAUUUGUCAAAAAUGUUGGAUAUUGAACCGAGACUUAUCGAAUUCAUUAGAAAUGUUGCUCCCGAAAUGUUUAACCAAACCCACUAGCCAGCUAAAAAACUGAAGAUACUUUUUAUUCUUAAGAAACUGAUACAAAUAAAUUCAUUUACUUACGUUAGCUAAUCAAGGAGAUAUUGGACAUUGGAUUCAAGUUCAUAUACUAAGCGGGAGGUUCGCCAUGUCCAAGCUGAUUGACGAACUGGUUGCUCAUGGCUUUGAAGUUAUUCGCGAUGAUUCAGGACAGGAUCUUGUCAAACUUGUAUUUAUGGAUGAAAAUGAUGAUGCUACUGGAUGUGCUUUAGUUACACCAGAGGAUGCCAAGAAAAUUUUGUCUGGUCAAGCAACAUUACAAAAUGCCGUAGAUGAAGAAGGCAAACAGGUCCUGACUCUUACUCCAAUAGCUGAUGGUGACUUGGAAGUGGUUGAACAGGUGAGUUGUUUUCAGAAAAAGGAUGUCUAAGGCUUUUAUUGAUAGUCCAAAGCAGAUCUGCCUAGUGAAAAUUCAAACCCUUCUGUUCCUGCGGAACUGGAUGAUCCUGAACGUCAUAAACCGAGGAACGAGGAAGUCAUUGAUAAAGACAAUCGUGAGGCCACACAGACAGCCAAAUCAACUGUUUCUGACCUUUGCUGUGAUGUGGGUGACUCUUUGAUCAACUCAAGCGAGAUUGAUACAACUGACGUUAAUUCGUUAGUAGAAAAUGUGGAACAGUAUACUUUAAGCGAACAAACAGCAGUAGUGGAUAAUGGCCAGAUCCAAGUUGUCACGAUCAUGGAUUCCAGAGGUCAGGUUUUGGAUCAGAAACAAGGACAAACUGGAGAACAAGUCAUCUUAGAGAUGCAUGGACAGGCAUUUUCAUACGAAAUUCAAGGUCCAACGUCAACUGGUGAACCUAUAACGUCUACUCUGUUAAUUUCCACAAAUGAUCAAGAUAUCCAAGAUGUUUCAAACACUGCCGAAGGCGGUACACAGCAGAAUAUCAAUGAUCAAGCAACCUGGUCUGAAGGUGUUCCUAAUGGCACUGAUAGAAGCCACGUUACUUCUGGAUUUGAUGAAAUAACUGAUGCAAAUCCACCUGGUCAACAGUUCACUCUUACUGAAGCUACUACGUUAGUGGACGGUGAGGCACUUCAAGUUGUUAUACUUUCUGAUGAAAACGGAAAUGUACUUGACCAGAAGCAAGGUCACACUGGUGAUCAUGUCAUUAUUGAAAUGAACGGCAGCUCUUUAGAGUAUGUAUUUCUUGGACCAACGGAAACUGGUGAUCCGAUAUUGACUACUUUAGUCGUUACAACUGAAGCUGAAAUGACAGAAAAUACUCAACCUAACUUCAGUGUUGCACAGGAAUCACCGGGUGAUACAGAAGCAGGAUCAACUGUAGCUAAAUGGUGUCCACCCGGUCUGCCAUCUGAGUUUUAUGCUAUAUUAAGAAGACAAGCGGAAGUCGUUGUUUCUACGCGUGUUCCACGCUUUUCAGAUAAUCCGUAUCGUCCUGAACCUUACCAUCGGAAGCUUGGUCCGUAUACAGCUUACGUAGAGAUGCUUGAAAUGGUUAAUACAUACAGGGUUGGUGCUAGUCAGGGUGAAACCCUGGAACUUUAUGAAGCUUUAAGAAAUUAUGCUAAAAUUUAUCGUCCUUCUGGACCACAUUCUCGAGCACUUACAAAGUAUGAGCUAGCCUUAAAUGAAGCUGCUGCUCAGAUUUGUCGAUUUCAACCUGGUUUACUUUUCCAUAAACGAGAUCUGUAUCAUCUUGCUAAAGAAACAGUUGAACGUUCACAGACCCUUUUAAAUACAGAGAGAAGACAGCAAAAUCAACAAUUACAACAGCAGGCACAACAAGCACAACAACAACAAGCUCAAGCAAAACAAAAUAUGAAUACUCAACGUCAAGCAAAUCAAACAAAUAUGUCGAAACCAAAAGUCUCUCUCCCUAUACCUCAACCCCCACGUACUACACCUCAAACUGUAGCAGUUGGAGGUCGUGUAGCUAGUUCUCAGUUAGCUAUGUUAGAAUCUCGUGGUCUUUCUGCUAUUCCACAAUCAAAUACAGCAGUAUCAACAGCUAGUUCUGUAACUUCUAUUCAUGAGAAUUCUAAUUCAGAUAACCCACUUCUAACUUCAAAUCUUCAAGGCUCAGGAGUAAAUGCGCUUCAGUCGAAUAAACCGCGGGUAAUGACUAAUGAUAACACUGUUCAAUACUUAUCUAACCUUCCUAUUCCCAAACGUGAUUCGGCAUACAAACUUUUGCCUAACGAAGAGGAAGCCAUUCGCGUUGCUGCAGUUGAUGUUUUAUCAGAUAUGCCACAACUCCAAGUCAAACCGAAAGCUGAUUGCACAAAUAUCGAACGUGCUUGUUGGGAUCAAGCUCGACAGUUGUCAGCACAGAAUUUGGGACUCUCAGAUUAUCACUCCGGUAAUUCGUCCAUUGACCAUAUUAGUCAAAUUCAAUCCCUUGUGUCCAAUGAACUCCGGCUGGAUAGUGUUCGUGAAGCAGCGGCACUGUAUGGGCGUCUACCUGGAGGCAUUCAACCGCCAAAUGUAGCAGGACUACCACGGUCUACACCUGUACCUGUACUAACUCCGUAUGAGGUUGCUUGUAAUGAAGCUGCUUCUUACUUGGCUUCGGGUUUACCAAGCCUCCUUACUCAUAGACGAGAACUUGCUGAAUUAGCAAAGAAAGUGGUGAGAAAUUCUGGAUGUUUAUUUACACAUACUCCAACAUCAGAUAAAAUACCAGUCGGUGGUGGUGGCUACCGAUUCUAUUGCUCAGACCAACUUCUUGAACUCGAUCUUUCAGCAGCAGAACAACUUUUAUCCAAUCCUCUUGAUGGUAGUGAUUCUCCAGAUUCUGGUUGUGAUGUAAGCCUCGAAGACAGUGAUACAGAUGCUCUUUCAUCUAAAUGUGAAUCUCUUAUUCUAACUUGUCAAGAGUGCAAUAACGUUGUUGAUGAUAUUACUAUAUUUAUUUCUACUGGAACUGAUUCACUGAAGAAGGUUAGAAUUCUAAAUUUAAGCGAUUGUGGUUUCACAGGCAUAGUUCCUGCCCAUCUUAACCAGUGUGUUAACCUAGUUGAACUUAAUCUCUCUGGAAAUGCAUUGUAUGCUUUCCCGCGAUGUUUGCAUUUACCGAAGUUACGUCGAUUAAAUCUAAGUGGAAAUCCUAAUUUACUGCGACCCACUCAACGUGGUGCUCCUAUAGAACCUCCACUUGUUGAACAAUUCCCGAGGUUGGUUACAUUGGAUCUGGAUCCUGAACUCGCUCUUCUACUUUCUCCACAAUCACUGGCCUAUCUAUGUCCAUAUCUAAAAACAAUUAAUGGUAAAGAUUUUGUCGAUGAACCAAAUGAAGAUACUAUUAAUACAGCUCAAACGGCAAAAAAUGAUUUAUCAGCUUUGAUCUAUUCAAAAUGGGAGGAUGAUAUUGCUGGAUUUUACAAAAAAGGCUUACCUAAACGAGAUACAAUUUGUGUCAUUGAAACUCUUGUUUUGCAUGCUGUCAAUCGAAGUUUGGAAAUACCUAAACCAUUCACCCAUUGUAAGAAUAUUUUGGCUCGGAGAAUUGCUGAAGAUUUUCUGGCUCCGAAAAUGUUGGAUGAUGAAUGUGAAGAUGAAACAUUGGAUAAGUUCACGCAUACUUAUAUUAGUGAUGACGAAGGUGCUGCCAGUGAUAGUGAAUUAGAUACAGAAGAAGAAGAUGACUCUUACUGUAAAGAAAAUAAUCAUAUUGAAAAAAAUUCUGAAAAUCAAAUGAAUGAGCCUUUAGAAAAGUCACAUUUGCAAACGAUGCGUAAAAAACCAAAGAAAGUAAUUUCAACAGAAGCGUUUCAAGCAUCUGUUGCUGAGCGUGAGGCUUUAGCUGCUGCAGCAAACUUAACUUUAUUACCGGAUGAACCUCCGAAUCGGCUUAUUAAUGUCGUAGGUCAAGCUUUACGUCAUGGGAAAACAGUUGUGUACGAAGUAAUGAGAACUGCUGCUAGACAGCCUGACGGCGAAUUAAUACCUGUUGGUGGAUUAGGGACAACCGCUAGUUCUACUAAUCUGACUACUCUUCAAGCCAAUUCACAAAUCGAUGGAGCCUUGAAAAAUCACGAAGAUAUGUAUGAUGAAAGUGAUACAGAGAACACCUCUCUUCCUGAAUCUAUUCAUGCUUACCCCCCAGCACCUUCUGUUCCUACUCCCGUUAAAGCUGCUCCUGUCAUAACGAAAUUACCAACUAAACAAUCAACAGGGACUCGAAGACCAGGUUUACUCAGUCGUGUUGCAAACGCUAUUUCUGCUGAAGUUAAAAGCAAUCGUGGAUCAGUCACAUCCACAGGUGAUAUUCCUACAAUAACACAGCGUCGAUUGAAAGCGUCCGAUUUUAUCAUCAAACCGUCUACAAGUUCUUCAGGUACUGCUUACAUAGUUGCAAAUGUAACUACUCAAGCGAAACCAACCACUCCAAGCUCUGUAACCAAACGUGGUCGUCCUGCAAUUACUCAAAGUUUGGCGAAAAAAGCUGCUGUAGCUGAAUCGGAGGCUAAAGAAACCGAAAAGUUGUUGAAGAGUGUGACUAUCCCACCACCUCAUGCUCCUCCCCCGCCUACCAUGCGUAUGUCAACACGAGAUUCUAACAGGCAUAAACGAUUUAGCGCGUAUGGUGUCAUUGACACUGCAGCAGCUUUGGCUGGUAAAGAAGAAGCUCUACUAGCUGCUGUUUUAGCUCAAGAAGAUGAAGAGAGCGAAAGACCAGAAACUCUUUUAAAAGAUUCCUCAGUCGUCCUCUCUGAACAUGAUACUGCAGCUGCGGAAGCUGUCGCUGCUGUAGCAAAAGAAGAUGAAGUGAUAGAGCAAAAUAAUAAACUAAAAUCUCAACCGGAUAUGCCUGUAACCUCGACUGCAAAUGAGCAGACAACAGAACCUGUGAUCAUUACAAAUGACACUGAAGAGGGUACAAAGAAAAAGCGUAAACGAAUCACUGGACCUCAAACUCCUCGUGUACACACUGAACCAUCGGUGGUUAAUAUUGAGCCUGAAACCCCAACAACUACCCAUACGCUCACUCGUAAACGUACCGCUAUGUCACCUAAGCCCCAAGAGCCUAAAAGAAAACCAACUCCUACUCAUUCUCCACUAUCAGUGUCUGUUAAUCUUACUCCAGUUGUUCUACCGACAACAGAAAGUAAACGAAGUCUCAGUCAACUUGGAGAGAUUGUUGACUAUGAUCCCCUACAUUUUAUUCGGUGUCAUGCACGAGACAACGACCCAUUAGAUUGCGAAACUAAAGUAUGGCGAUGCGCAUUCGAACCAAGUGUUAAUAAUCCAAGCAAUGAAACAUCAACUAUUGUAGCUACAUGCGGUGGAGAAUGUGUUUGUCUUAUUGAUUGUAAAUCAGGUCGUGUAAUGAAACGUUUCAAACACUUUGGUGAAGAAUUUUACACGUUAGCAUGGACGACUGUUGAAAUGGCUGCAGGGCACAGAACAAAUCUGUUGGCUGCCGCUGGUAAACUACGUGAAAUUCGAUUAUUGCAUCCUGAACAAUUAGUAUGCUAUGCUGAAAUGCGUGGUCACAAAGAUGAUGUUGCUUGUAUGAUAUUUCAUCCUGAAAAGCCUACUAUCUUAUUUUCUGGUGAUUCUAAGUCUUGCAUUUUAGUAUGGGAUAUUGGUAUACCUUCUGCACCAGAAUAUAAAACACGUCAUCAACUACUUAUGCGUUUAGUAUGCCCUAGAGCUAAUUUAAAUCCUGUUUUAAAUCUUGUAUUUUUAAAAAAAUACGAUGCCCUUGUUGCAGGAUGUGAAGAUGGAAUAUUCUCAUGGACAUUGAAAGAUUUUCGUAAAGAAAAAUUAAGUGAUGAAAAAGAAGCUGAACUUGAAUUGAAAGUUCCAACUCGUCGUGAACCAUGUUUCGAUGGUCUGGCUCAAUUAUCCGAUGAUUUAAUUGUAACAAAAUGUGUUGAAGAAGGUGAAAUUUAUGUGAUUAAUUAUGGACAGGUUAUUAAUCGUCGUAGACGUAGUAGUGUAUCUAAUAAAAAAUUAAUUAAUGUUGAAAUUCGUGGUCAAUUACGUUGGCAUACUACAGAAGAAAUUUAUAUUAAUGUUACUGCUAGACCUGGUUUAAAUGCUGUCAUAUGUGGUGAUAAUGAAGGAACUAUAUGGUUAUAUGAUUUACAAAAACAAGUAAUUGAUGAAUCAGAAAAUCGAAAAUUUAAAUCAAAACCUGUAAAGAUACUUGAAUGGCCAGAAUGUAGUAUAGGUGGUGCAAAAGAUGAAGAUAAUCAAAUGAAAGAAAGUAUUACUUCUGGUUUUAAAAAUCCUGUCGUGAAUACAACCGAUAUUAGUCAUGAUGGACAAUAUUUAGUUGCAGUAACUGACAAUAAUUUAGUAUGCAUUUGGAAAUUUUCGGGUUAACCAUUAUCCCCCCCCCCAAAAAAAACAUUUUUAUACUUCUAUGAUUCCUUAUUUAUUAUUCAUCGUCUCUCUCUCUCUAUAUAUAUAUGUAUAUUUGUUUCAUAUUCGUUCGAUUAUUUACCGCUGUAAUAUUUUCAUAUCUAUUUUAAAUUAUGUAUUUUAUCAUAUAUAUAUACAAUACAUACAUAUAUACUACUAA